AUGGCGAGCAUUUCGAUCCCCGAAACACCACGUGUAAAGCUUAAUGACAACGUCUCUAUACCGGUGCUCGCCUACGGCACCGGUACAGCCUGGUACAAACAUGGCGACGAUUCGGUCAACCGCGAAUUAGUGGAAGCGAUCAAGACCGCAAUCCGACUGGGAUACCGUCAUUUGGAUGGCGCCGAGGUCUACGGCACCGAAGCCGAGCUGGGUGUAGCAAUUAAGGAGAGCGGAAUUCCACGCGAAGAACUCUUCGUCACAACGAAGGUGAUUACAAACAUUGCGGAUAUCCCAAAUGCCAUCGACCAGAGUUUGCGCAAACUUCAACUCGAUUACGUGGACUUAUACCUGAUCCAUUCACCGUUCUUCGCAAAAAGUGACGAGGAGCUGCAACAAGCAUGGGCAGCCAUGGAGAAGGUCCAGCAAGCUGGAAAGGCCAAAGCGAUCGGUGUAUCGAAUUACCACCAGUCACAUCUGGAGACCACACUUAAAACUGCGAAGAUUGCACCCGUCAUCAACCAAAUCGAGCACCACCCCUAUUUGCAGCAAGAAGAGCUGCUCCGCUUCCAACAGGCAAGGGGGGUCAAGACAGCGAGCUACAGUCCCCUGACUCCCAUUUUGCGUGCGCCAGGAGGGCCAGUGGAUGCAAAGGUGGCGGAACUCGCUGCAAAGUACAAGGUCACGGAAGGAGAAAUUCUACUCAGAUGGUCCAUCGACCGCGGAGAUGUGGCAGUCACCACGAGUAGCAAGGAAUCUCGACUGCAGGAGUUCCUUCAUGUUCUUACAUUUCAGCUGACCCCGGAAGAGGUGAGAGAGAUCUCACAGCUCGGCCAGGGGCGCCACUACCGGGUCUUUUGGCGAAAGCAGAAUGGAGAGGAGUAA